CGCGCGCCCGCCAUGGGUCCCCUGGGCGACUCGAGCUCGCCAUCCGCAGACUCGGCCUCGGCCGACGUGCCCGCCCCGCGCACGAGCGUGUCGCGCCAGUCGAGCCGUCGCAGCCUGCGUGGCUCGGAACACCCGCUCCUCGCGUCGUCGUCGUCGCAGCAGCAGGACUCGCAGGGCACGGGCACGAGCAGCAGCGGGCCCUACGCCGUGUACAGCGCGGGCAAGCGUCGGGCAGCAGGCGCGAGCACCGGGUCCUUCACCUCGACCUCGCCGUCCUCGGCGCUCGUCUCGCCGGGAGAGGGCCCGCUCUCGCCGUCGUCGUCGAGCGCACCGGGCAGCACCAUGUCGUCCCCGCCGUUCGCCCCGACGAGCGCCCCGUUCCUCCCGCCGCUCGUCUCGCGCCCGAGCAACUCGAGCCUGCCGUCGCCCUCGGGUCGGCAGUACGCCCGCUCCGUGUCCGAGGCCAAGGAGCAGCUCCAACGCCAGGCCCUCAAGGCCGAGCUCCAGGCCCUCGGGCUCGCCGCCGAGAGCGCCGGAGCAGCGUUGGUCACGCGCGUCGCGAGCGUCGGCGCCGAGCCGGAGCUGGCAGGGCUGCAGGACCUCGUCUCGCGCGGCAAGGCGACACUGCUCCUCCCGGCGGAGAAGCUCGACUCGCCGUCGCAGCUCACGCCCGCCUUCCUCCUCGACCACGUCGUCCUCCUCGAUGCGCCCUCGACCGCCCCGACCAGCCACCACCUCGCCAUCGAGCGCGGCUUCGCGACCCUGAGCGGGCUUCGAGGCGUCCUGACGGGCGGCGAGCUCGUCUUUACGAGCUGCGGCGGCCUCGUCCUCGAAGGCGAGACGGUCGAGCGGGACUUGGCCAAGGACGAGACGCUCAGGGCGCUGCGAGGCGUCGCACCGCUUCCUGCGCCGCCAACCGGCACGACCUACCCGUCCAACAUGCUCAUCUCGGCCAUCACGCACCUCUCGGUCCCUCUCGCUCGCCCUUCCACCCCUUCCACGCCCUCUCCGCCUCCAACCUCGCGCACGACCAGCCGCCUAGCCGCCCUCUUCGCCAAGCAGGCCCCGACGCCCACGCCCACCGACUCGUCCGACCUCCCGCCCGUCGUCGCCGCACCCGCCGGCCUCCUCUCGGGCGAGGCCUCGCCCGCCGCCACCGACGGCGACCCUGCCGCCGCGACGCGCAAGGCCGCCAGCAUCGACGUGCCCGUCCUCGCCGUCGGCAAGGUCGUCCGUCGCGACCAGGUCGUCGAGGCCAUCACGCGCGCGACGGCGGCGCACAUCCGCCGCGCGGGCAAGGCGGUCCCGGGCGUCGAGGGCGACGCAGACGUGCUCGGCGAGCUCGCGGCAUUCGCGACGAGCCUCGGCCCGCCGCCGGCUGGUGCGGCGAGCGGCUCGAGCGGCGCGGCGGCGGCCCCGGCGACGACGACGGCGGCGGCGGCGGUGGGAGCGGGAGCGUCGGCGCCGGUCAAGGACAGCCUGUUUGCGGCAGAGCCGGCCGACGUUUCGGACGCGUACCAGGACGCCAUGCACCACGUCCGCCUGAACCUGUCGCGCAACCUCGGGUCGCCGACCGCCUCGAGCGACGUCGACGCCUCUUCGUCCUCGUCCACCGCCGCCGAUGCCGCCCCGUCGAUGGAGGACUUCUCGCAGCUCGAGGAGCGCGUCGACGCGGCGCUCGAGCAGCUCGAGGACCUCGCGACGUCGGUCCUGCACGACCGCCUCUUUGCGCCUCGCGACGAGCGCACGGGCGCGAGCGGCGGCGGCAGCCGGGACCUGCAGGAGGACGAGAACCUCGCGAGCCGGAUCGCGGCGCUCAACGUGCUCGAGCUCGGGCUCGACCACCUCGGGAUCGACCUCGGCGACGACGAGCACGGCGAGGAGCUGCCGGGGUGGGAGGGCAGGAGCAGCGGCCCGAGGGAGAGCUUGGAGGACUUGGCGGCGCUCGUCGGUCGUCAACUGAACCGCCUCGAGGACCCGCACGAGCGGACGCCGAGCGCCAAGCUCGCGAUCCUCGUCGAGUGCCACAAGGUCCUCGUCGACGGCCUGAGCAAGCUCCCGCCCGUCCCGCUCAAGAAGGACCUCGACGAGGCCGACAAGGCGUCGCUCUCGGACCACCCGGUCGAGGUCGAGAUGGACGACGCGUCGUCCCGCUCGAGUUCGCUGCCGCCGUCGCGAGCCAUGUCGCCGCCACCGCCGCGGCACCUCGAGCACAAGCAGUCGGACGACGAGCUCCUCAAGACGCCGCGAGCGCCGUUGCCCAACGAGGAGCGCGACGUGCCCGAGAUCAAGCUGCCCGAGGCCAACGAGCUGUCGACGUCCGUCCUCGACGCGACGUCCUCCUCGAUGUUCGAGCGUCCUGUCGUCGCCACCGCCGCACCCUCGCCUCCCGUCUCGAUCUUCGAGACGAAGCGUCGUCCGGCCUCGAUCGCCUCGACGACGGCCACCUCGAGCGCCGACCUCAUCCUUCCCCUCCUCAUCUACUCGGUCGUGCGCGCCAACCCGCCCCACCUCGUGUCGCACCUCCACUUUGUCCACCGGUUCCGGUCCGAGUCGCUCCUGCGCGGCCAGAGCAGCUUCUGCGCCACCAACUUUGACGCCGUCGUCGAGUUCCUCAACCACGUCGACGUGUCGUCCCUCGGCCUGUCGUCGUCCAAGCUCCUCGGCGGCACGACUGGCGGCGGCGGCGCACCCACCCCUUCCCUCGGCUCGUCGCCGUCAACCUCGUCUCUCGCGUCGCCGACGACCCGUCCUCGCGCCUACACGACGCCUUCGCUCCUGCGCUCGCGCGUGUCGACGACGGCCGACCAGCUCGUCGGCUCGGCCAACACGGCCCUGACCGGCCUCGUCGGCUCGUCGUACCACGCGCUGUUCGGGCCCAAGGGCCUGUCGGCGGCCGCACCUCGCAGCCUCGAGGACGUCAAGUCGGUCCUCGAGGGCGCGAGGGGCCGCGCGAGGGAGAGCCUGCCGUUCCGGCGCAGCGCGACCUUUUCGCGCCUCGGUGCGUCGCAGUCGCCGAGCGGGACCGGGUCGAGCGCCCGAUCGAGCAGGGCCAUGACGCUCGCGCUCGACGGCGACGAGAAGUCGGCGCCGCUCGCCGUGUCAGGCCCGAGCGCGACCCGGACCAAGGGCGAGGAGAUGGUCGUCGUCACGCCGUCGUCGCCUUCGGGCACGCCGUCUGCGCCGACGACGACCGCCGAGGCGUACGCCCCGCCGCCGCCGCCUCGUCACCCUCGCUCAACGGCCGCCGAGGCGCCGCUCAAGGACAAGGACGACGACGCCCGCUCGAUCCGCAGCGUGUCGUCGUUCCUCAACUUUCGCGACUCGUCGCUCGGGCGCGCACUCGGCGAGGUCCGCGACGGCGUCGUCGGCGCGGCGGCGGGUGCCGCUGGUGCGGCGGGCGCGACAGUCGGCGUCGCGGGCGGCCCAGCCGGGGCUGCUGCGGCGCCGGCGGCCGAGGAGCCGCGCUCGGGCUCGUUCAGCGGGCGACUGGCGGGCUUGUCGGGCCUGCAUCGUUUUGCUGGCGGCGGGUCGGCGGCACCACCGACGUCGUCGGGCCCGGCAGCGAGCACGUCGCCCGUCUCGUCACGCAGGUCGUCGCUCCUCAACCCGCUCAACGGCGUCGCGCUGUCGCCCUGGGCCACCUCGUCUUCUACAUCGUCGUCGUCCGCACCGGCACCCGCACCCGCCUCGCCCUUGCCUGCCCUGGCGUCGGUCGCCUUGCAGCCCAACAGCCGGUUCGUCGACGUCGGCUCGGCGGCGGACCUCAAGCUCGGCGAGAUCCAGCUCCUCCUCGACGAGUACAAGCGGCUCGCCAAGGCUGUCGUUGAGGCGCAGCAGCAGGGCGGCGAGCAGAAGCCGGCGGCCGGAGCGGGCGAGGCCGGGAUCAAGGAGGAGGUGGAGGGGGACGAGUAGAAGGGCAGAGCCUGCAUUGAGCAAACCCGCCUUGAGCUCUCUC